UAUGCAUCGAACAAGAAGAACAAUUUGUCAGCCAACACACACAGAAAUGGCUGGAUUUACUCUUUUCUCCUCAGUAAAUUAGGUAAUGGCAGAGCCUGUUUGCUCGAGAGAGCAAAGCUUCACUGGUUUUCAAUUGCAACUCGAUAGAAGUAACAGUAAAUCUCGCGAUAUGGAUCGAGGAGACUCCUCUUCAUGCGAAGACAAGACCCUAGAGGCUUCUUUUACUCAUUUUUCGGGGCUGGAGGCUCUAAAUCCCCAAAAGCGAGAACUCUUAGAGGCAAGAUUCUCUGCACCCAGGUCUUUAAACCAAGAUUCACAGCACAGUAAUGCAUCAUCAGCUGGAAGUGACAAUGAUCAGGUAACGCCGGGUAGCAGGCCUGAGAAGUAUGGAAGCAGAAAGCGUAAAGCACCAAUAGAAGUUGACACUCCAAGUCCAGUGAUGACAAAGAGUGGAAGAGGUGAUCCAUCAACAGCCAAGAUAACAGAAUACUUUAAGCAAAAUGAGCUGACUCCUUCAAUGAGCAGGAGCCCUCAAAAUCUUCUUCCUUCCUUUAAUUCAAUGACAAUCUUGACUUUAUCUUCUCUCAAGGAAAUGGAGAUGAAGAUGUCAACAGGAGCAGAGUCUUCACAGAAAAAAGAUAGUACGAUUGACGACCUGAAAACAGUUGUUGAAGACUAUAAAAACCAGUUAGAAAUUCAGAAAGUCUUAAACACCAAGAUGGAGAAUACUCUUAAAAAGUGCUUGGCUGUCAAUAAAGAUCUUUUGAUUUCUGAAUCCACUAAAGAGAAAAAUGAAGUAAGAGAUAAGUGCAGAAGGAACAGAAUUCGUCUUGGUCAGUCUGUACCAGUAAGACAAGGAGCUCAUUAUGUGGACACCUGGAAAGAUGGAUAUGCCUUCCAAGAGCUACAUCAACAGCAGGAUAGAAUUAACCAACAAAAAGAAGAACUUGAAAGACAAAAGAAACUCUUGUUGAAGAAGAAACCACAGUCCAGUUCUGCAGCAAAUAAAGAAAAGAAAAGUUCUAAAAACAGUAAUGACAGUGAUUCAUUUGCAAGACCAGUGUCCCCUGUAUUAACAGCAUCUGAAUAUUAUGAAAGAGAAGAAAUAUUAAAAUUAAGAGCACUAGCUCUCAAAAAGGAAGAAACAGAUGUACAACUUGAAGCUGAAAAACUUGACAAGGAAAGAAACCUACAUAUUAGAGAAAUGAAAAGAUUACAACAUGAAGAUGAUUCACGAUUUAAUAACCAUCCACAGCUGAAUGGAAGAUAUCUCUUAUUACAACUGCUCGGCAAGGGAGGAUUUAGUGAAGUUUACAAGGGUUAUGACUUAUUUGAGCACCAAUAUGUGGCCUGUAAGAUUCAUCAACUUAUUAAAGAAUGGAAAGAAGAAAAAAAGAAAAAUUAUAUAAAGCAUUCAGUCAGAGAAUAUAACAUCCACAAAACUCUUAACCAUCCGAGAAUAGUCCAACUUUAUGAUGUCUUUGAAAUUGAUAAUGACACUUUUUGUACAGUAAUGGAGUAUUGUGAUGGCCAAGACUUGGACUUCUUUCUCAAACAGCACAAAAUUGUUCCAGAAAGAGAGGCCAAGUCCAUAAUAAUGCAGACGGUCAGUGCAUUGAAAUAUCUGAACGAGAUUAAACCACCAGUUAUUCAUUAUGACUUAAAGCCAGGUAAUAUUCUCUUAGUUGGCAAAGGGGCGUUAAGUGGCGAGGCAAAAAUCACAGAUUUUGGACUCAGUAAAAUAUUCGAGAAUGAAGGAGAUGACAGUAUGGAGCUGACGUCACAGGGAGCAGGAACCUACUGGUACCUCCCCCCUGAGUGUUUCGAAAUAGGCAAGGUACCACCCAAGAUAUCCUCCAAGGUCGAUGUGUGGUCUGUAGGAGUCAUAUUCUAUCAAAUGUUAUUUGGUAAAAAGCCCUUUGGUCAUAAUCAAACUCAAGCGUCGAUUCUAGAGAACCGUACGAUAUUAAAAGCAAAGGAAGUGGAUUUCCCUAACAAACCAGUCAUUAGUAGUGAAGCCAAGAACUUUAUUCGCCGCUGUUUAGCGUACAGAAAAGAAGACCGAAUAGAUGUAUUGACUCUUAGUGAAGACACUUACCUCAGACCGUCCAGUAAGAAAUCAUCAUCCUCACAAAACUCCCAAAACAGUUCGUCCUCAUCGUGAUAGUCCAACACAGCUUCCCUUUUGUAGUUAUCGAAUGCGACUAUAUUUUUAUACUCAAUCUACGAAGGUAGGAUGAAUCUACAUGGUGAUUGGGAUGAGCCCUUUUCUUCGUUUUCUGGGAAAAGAAAUGAUCCUAGAUCCAAGAAGCUAGGACCCUGCAUUGCAGGUGUUCAUGGUUCAUUCUGCUCGAGAACGAGGAAGACAACAAAAUCCUUCCAGUCCCCUCCUCUGCCCCAAUCUUUCCUCCCCCAACCAAGAACGCCUGGCAACCCCCAUCAGUAGACAGGGCCUGACGUCUCACCAAACGAUCGUCCUCAGGUUUUCAACAUCCCUCGUAUUGAUAAUCAUCCUUCAAAACAGAACAUUGUGUAUGUAUGUUUGUCGGACCUUUUUUGGAGAGUUCAAGAAAGGUUUUGAAUAGGAAAAACUGUCCGUUUUCUACCAAUCGAGAAAAUAACUUUUCAUUUUAUUUUUUUAUGGAAUGGCGAAAAAAACAUCAAGUUUUGGCAUUUUUAGAGCGUAAGUCGUAAAGGGAAUUUCAAGUGAUACCAAGUGUAUUGUCUGCAAUUUUCCCUCGAUAAUUUAUUUCUGUCGUUCCACUUUCGAACCGUGAAUACUCAAGUUUCUUUUAUUUGUGUAAAUAUACUUUUGUUUUAUUUUAUUCUCUUUCAUCAUUUCAUUUGAACAGCUUUUAUAGACUUUCAAUACAUGUAACUCGAAUGCUAUUGUUUUCGAUUCGUAAUCUGAUUGGUUGACACGAGUUUUCACGGUUUGAGUAGAAGRACAGUAAUAGACCUCUA